GGCGGGGCUCGAGAGGGGGGAGGGGGGCAGGGGGGGGUGCGAGGGGAGGGGCUUGGGAAGACGGCAAUGAUGAUGGCGGACAGGGACAGUGGCAGCGAGCAGGGGGCGACGGGCGGCGGUGGUGGUGGCGGCGGCCUUGUUGCCGGCACGGGCCCCGCGUCCUCAUCUGGAGGCGGGAUGAUGAUGCAGCAGCAACAGCAGCAGCAGGAGACGCAGGAGUUGGCGUCGAAGCGCGUCGACAUCCAGAACAAGCGCUUCUACCUGGACGUGAAGCAGAACGCCAAGGGCCGCUUCCUCAAGAUCGCCGAGGUUGGCGCGGGCGGCAGCAAGAGCCGCCUCACGCUCUCCAUGUCCGUGGCCGUCGAGUUCCGAGACUACCUGGGCGACUUCAUCGAGCACUACGCGCAGCUCGGGCCCAGCUCCGGCAUGAGUGGAGGAGGAGGUGGAAGCGGAGGAGGAGGCGGCGGCGGCAGCAGCAGCAGCGGCGGUAUCGGAGGCGAUUCGCUCCACCAUCACCACCAAUCCCACCACCAAUCCCACCAGCAGCAGCAGCAGCUGCAGCAGCCGGACGAGCCACGCCGUGCCCUCAAGAGCGAGUUCCUGGUGAGGGAGAACAGAAAGUACUACAUGGACCUCAAGGAGAACCAACGCGGCCGAUUCCUGCGCGUCCGCCAGACGGUGAGCCGGGGCCCCGGCCUGGGUGCCCAGGGCCAGACCAUCGCGCUGCCGGCGCAGGGGAUGAUCGAGUUCCGAGACGCCCUCGCCAAGCUCAUCGAUGACUUCGGCGUGGACGAGGAGCCAGCGGAGCUGCCCGAGGGCACGGCCGUGACGGUGGAUAACAAGCGUUUCUUCUUCGACGUGGGCUCCAACAAGUACGGCGUGUUCAUGCGUGUGAGCGAGGUGAAGCCGAGCUACCGCAACUCCAUCACGGUGCCGCUGAAGGCGUGGGCCAAGUUCGGCGCCACGUUCAGUCGCUACGCCGACGAGAUGCGCAAAAUUCACGACAAGCAACGCGAGAAGAGAGCCGAGCAUCUGCCCCAGGAGGAAGAGGAGGAGGCAGGCGAUGAUGAUGGAGAGGAAGAUUGACUCGGUGGUGACCGUGCCCCCCCUUGCCUCCAUCCAUUGUCUCGUCCCCACUUUCCGUCACCACCUCGCCCUCAGUCCACCUCCACCACCACCCUCAGCAUCACUCCUGGUUCACGCUGAAGUUUAAAGCCGCUACCCAGAUGUGUACACCCACUCUGAGUUCACCACCACCAACCACCACCCUCGCGAUUGUCAACUCCACCUACUUAAGCAGAUGUAACCGGCUCUAUCGUUAAUGAAUUAAACUCGCAAUCUACUAAACUCGUCCUACUGUAAACCUACCUAGUUCCACUCGAAACCCACCUAACGCUAAACCCCUAACCCAACCCCUUCACGCUCUUAAUCUCAUGCAACCUUACACUCACCAAGUUUCCUCUACACUCGAAACUCACCGCGUGCUAAGUCCUAGUUUCCUUCCACUAACCCCCCCCCCCCAGCUCCUUCCCACUCUUAACACCACCUCUCCAGAAUUCCAUCCAACUCUCAGACACUAUAAUCCCACAAAUCACGAACUCGUCUAAGGUUACCUCCUGCUCAAAAUCCAUAACCCCACUGUAAACCCGCUCGACUCUAAACGUGUGUUGGGCUCUUUCCCAUUCUAAACCCACCUUGUCAUUCCACUCUAAAUACAUACAAAACCAAACCCACCCAUCUCCAGACAAAUUCAAAACAUCUAACGAAACCUGCCCAUGCCCUUUGAACUCAAUGCUCACCCAACCCCACUCGAAAUCUACCCAUCCAGCUUAACUCCAAACUCACCCACACAAUCUAAUCGCCUCCCCAACUCGCUGCCCCCAGCAAUUCGCUUUAGCCACAACAUCAAAUGCUGCUAACGCUAAACUCCAGCACACGUUUCCAACAUCGCGUGCCUGUGUCAUUCUUCUACCCGCUUGUAUCACCCCGAUUCACUCUGUUAAGGUUGUCACUUUCUCACCCCUCUCGUCGAUGGCACCCAACCUCUCAAUACUGUAUUACGAGUGCGUGUCUCCCUGCUUGUAACACCCUAGCACACUGCAACAACGAGCGUGUGCCUAAUUCUCUCACUACCCUCGUCACCUGUAAUCCACCUCAAUGUGUUGUCCCAUAUCCGCCCUCCUCAACCGCGACACCCCUUUACACCACCACUACAACUUUCCCAAUGUCUCUCACUUUCUCUCUGACUGUCACUUUCCCCUCCCCUGCCCUUAACCUUGAGGCCGAAGAUGGCUUUGUAGUCGGCCACCUUAUCCGAGUCUAAGAAGCCGAAGUUGGCUUCGUAUUAGGCUGCCGUUACCACCUUGUGCGAAUGAGAGGCCAAUUUGGCUUUUUAUUCGGCCGCCUUGGACAAGACUGCAGUUGGCUCCUCAAGUCCGCCACCAAACCUUAUUCUCAUGCGAGGCACGAAAGCUGGCUUCUUAUUUGGCACCUCAACCUUCGCUUGCAGAACAGGAGGCCCAAUCUGCUGCUACAUAUUCGGAGAAGUCAAAAGGUCCAAAUGUAACCCUUGCGGCUCCAAAUGUAGCCAAUUUUGUCCUCCGCUAAGACGCCGGCGUGUGACCUCUUGUUGGAAUAAGUAUUUGGCUGAAUUAGAAGUCAACUUUGGCCUUUUUCCUCAACCCACGCUCCCUACCUCUCUCUCCCAGUGGAGAGGCUUUUUUUCCCCCUAAAGGCCCCGUUACUUAACCUUCCCAACACCCCCAAGGCACCCAUACUUUCCCUUUUCCCAGGCCCCGCUUUGCCCCGGGACUGUUUAGCCUAGCAGAUCCGUCAUCACUUGAGUUUAUUAAAGAAAAAAAAUAUAUUAAGGAAAUAACAAAAAAAUAUAAAAAAACGAAAAAUUACACAAAAAAAUGCCGGCACUUGAACUGUUCCAGACUUAGACUAUUCAAUUGAUAGGUAAAACUACAACUCUCAACAGCCAGCAGCAACGAAUUUGAUGAAAACCACUCGUAGAGCUGUAACCCACCCAUCCAUCUGCAUUUAAAUCAGUUGAAAUAUAUAUACAACAAAAAAUAGGUCAUUGCAAAAUGUGUAUCCACCUCUGGUCUCUAUAUCCGCUGUCGAGCAAGCCACACACAUCGGUAACAGCUGCUAUAUACUAAGUAAGACGUUGAUAAGAACUGUGUUUUUCCUACUUGACGAAAAAGAAAUAUAACAUUUCUUGUACUAAGCGUUUUAUUUCCCUAAAAUAAAAUUUUGUACUGUAAAUGUAAGAGCAAUUGAAUAUUUGCAGAUGAAAAGAGAGCAUUAGAUUAUAUACAUAAUUAUAUGUGUAAUGGAGUCUACAAUCGAGGCUUUUUCCAUUUGGAAUGUAGCACAACAGAGAUUGAGGAAUAUUUUAAAGGAAAAUAUUGCAUAAAAGUUUGAAACUAUUUUUAGUUUUGCAUUAAAAAAACACAAAAAAUUAUAAUUGCAGUCCAUGGUCUAAAUUUAAAUGCAAAAUAACCUCGAAUACGCCGAGGCUUUCAUUGACCGUAGGUUAUGAUUUGGAUGGGGUGGAUGCUCUAUGACAGUCGUACCAAUGCACAGUUAACCCCAUCUGUCCAAAAAGCAACGGUGAACACAACACAUUUCCCACGUCCUUAGAGGAAAAAAAACAGAUACAAAACAAUUGGUUACGGUCAUUUCGAUGUCAUUUUUUUUCCCCGCGAGGUGCACAUCCCAAUUGUGUCACGAAUGAAAAGAGAUGCAAUAUAAUUUUUUUGUUGAACCCAUCACAAGUUAGGAGUGCACUACUGGGUUGUUAUUAUGAUUACGAGGGGAGGGAGGGGGGUUAUUUUGUUUUCUCCUAGGCAGUUAACUGGACCAGACUCGGGCUGCAAUCGAUUAAUAAGCAGGGGGCGAUCGGCUCGUUUCGUGCAUUGACGCCGAUUCGACUUGCCACUGUGUUAUAAUAUAAUACAACCAUGGUGCUAAAUACGUUUGCAUUAAAACGGCUGACAGGGACCACGGGUUGCUUUGGCAAAGCUUCAAGUGGCCUUUUUUUUUUGGGAGGUGGGGGGGGGGCAUUGGUUUGGUGGUGCAGAUGGCAACGACUGCAUAUAACGCCUACCCCCUGGUUGUUGACUGCCCCUGGGAGAGGUUGCAUUUUGCUGUACUGCUUUUUGGUUGCAUUGAGUAAGUAGAAGGUGGUUUUCUGCGGUUGUUUUUUUUCAUUUCGAUUGUUUCGUUUGGAAAAUUUGUACGGCUGAUUGAUGAUGAGAGUGCAUUGCAUCCCCGACCUUUGUGUUACCGUGGGGUGAUCUUGUGUGCGUACAGGUGUGUGACCAUUAAACAACAAAAAAAAGCUUAAAAAAACAAAAAAGUAUAUAAAAGGUGGUUUCAUAAUCUAGUCCAUUAUUGUGAUUCUUGUAAUCCUGAAAGGCCCAUGGAGAAGGCAGCAGUGGAAAGAAAGUUCUGAUUAUAUGCUGCUAUUUUUUAUUAAAAAAGAAUACACACCAAA